UUUCGCGUGAACGAAGGUAAAAUCGAACAAGCGACCUUUUUCAGCCAUGCACGGGACAGUUUAACACUCGAAGAAAGGUUGCAUACUGAGGAAAAGUGUGGUGCCGAGAACUUUUGUUUCGAUCUGCCGUGGUUUAACUUCAAAGUCGGUAGAUGUAUAUGCCCCGGUGCAAGUUUGUUGAGAUGUAGAAUCAGUGAGGUGUGGUCGGAGAGUAGUGGUGACUAAAAUGGCAGCCCAGUCCCACAAUUCCACGGCGACCGAGCACCUGUUUGCCGACUACUGGGCGGAGUAUCAGGACAUCACGACCAGCAAACCCAGUGAUGAGGAAGAGGAGAUCUCUAAGACACCAGAUGAGGGAGAACAGGAGCUGGACUGGCUCAAAGAAGCAGGCUAUGGACAGCUGGCAUCCACAUUUGAAGAUGGGAAGGAGCUGUCCCAAGAUGCGAUUGACGUGAUGAUGUCCACACUCACGCGGCGACAGGCGUCCGUCGUCAAGAAACGUGUGGACUCGAUAUCCGCCACAAUGAGGAAACGACAGAAACACACCAAAACAGAUGUCAGAGAUAUAUUCGCAAACAUGCCUGCUGAGACAAAAUCGUUACCCACAAGCCCUGAACAUGUGCGGCGUGCUGAGUCCAUGUACGUCACGCGGACGGACAGAAAAGGAAGUGGUAAGGGGAGGGAAUCAUCGUUCCUGAAGCGGGGAGGUUACGAUAUGAGGGGCUACAAUGACAUGGUACAGGACUACACUAACACAGGUGUGGCGACGUUAAGCAUCCAGCCAAAGAACACGAUCACCCGGGUGUCUAGCUCGUCUGCGCCUAGUCAACUGACCCCUGCCUCAGUUAAGGAGCAGGAAGCGACCUGUCAGUUUGUGCAGGAUGUAAACACACAGAAUGGGUCUUUAUUGCCAAAAGAUGAUUUACCAAAUUUCAAGCUUGUAUAUGACCCGCUGGGAGUGACCAGCACCACAGAUCUCAGUUACAGCGACAUUAUUCGAAUCAAGCCCCUCGCUGUCAUAGAGCUGACAUAUUUGUUAGAAAGUCACGGCAUAUUGUACUCACGCAGAAAACCAAGGGUCAAGGCUAAAGAUCAUGGCAUAUUUGGUGUCUCAUUACAAACUCUCCUGGAGUAUGACAGGAAACGACAACAUGGCUGCAAAGUUCCUUUAAUAUUUCAACAGUUAAUAGCACACUUGGACAAAAUAGGGUUAGAUUCGGAGGGAAUCCUGAGGGUACCAGGGUCAGCUGGAAGAGUCAAGCAACUGCGACAAGAUUUGGAAGAGCGUUUUUAUCAGGAGGAUUUCUCUUGGGAGGAUGUUUGGCCAAAUGAUGCUGCAGCCGUUUUGAAACAGUUGCUAAGAGAGUUACCUGCCCCUCUUUUAACACACGAGUACCUAGAAGCUUUUGCCCAGGUGGAGAGUAUUUCUGACAAACAGGAACAGCUGAAGGCCCUCAACUUAUUGAUUCUAGUCCUGCCCGAAGCUCACAGAAACACACUCCUGGCUCUGUUAAAGUUUCUCCAGCGAAUCAUUCAGCACACUGCAGAGAACAGGAUGACACUGUCCAGCGUUGCCAUGAUCAUGGCGCCCAAUCUCUUCCUCGUCAACACAAAGUCAAAAAACGUACGCGAUAUUGAGGUCAGCAUGGCCGCCGGCACGUCGAACAUCGUCAAGAUGUUGAUCAAGUACCAGCCUUUACUCUGGACGGUCCCUCCAUGUUUGAUAACGCAGAUUAGAGACCAGAUUGAUCUGGAACAUACGAGAAAAAGCCGAGACAAAUCGAUCAUGAAAUUUCUGGGAAAGAAAGACAAAUCAGACUUGUACAGGAAGCCAGCGAUUGCCCACGAAUCAGAUUUCCACGAGGGCGUUAUUCGGGUGCAGGCGCCCAACCUCACAAAGAGCUGCGCCGCCGUACAGUUGGACAGCACAACAACAGCGGGAGACAUUGUCGCAAAAUUCCGUCGCCAUGACAACUACAGUCCCACGUGGCAGACAGACAAUUCUUCCUCAUCGUCUAAAGCAGACAGAAGCCACAAGGCGUUUUCAAACCCAGACAAUGCCACUUUUGCUGAGGACAAUGCUUACCUCUUCGAGAUAGGAGGCAAUAUUGGUGAGCGUUGUCUGGAUAACAACACGUCCAUGCUGGAGUUGUACAGGGUGAACCCCAACGCGGAAUGGGUGGUGAAGACCAGACCUGUCUGAUGACAGCUACCCCCACACUGCCAGCUGGAGUGUUUCCCCUGUGCCUUGCCCUCUCUCUCCCGCAGGAAGUGGAUUUUCUUUUUUUUUUUUGUGGCUCCCUCCUGAUAUUCUCCACGUGUCAAGGAUAAACCAACAUGCAUGUGCAAUAUAGAUAGGGCAGGUCCCAAGAAAAAUCAGAAGAUUGAUGCAUUGUUACAUGAAGGUUGUGUGUCAGACAUUGUUUCCUCAAUAUUUGAAGUAAAACCACCCUCUGUUUAUAUGUGUGUUGAAUACUGGUAGCUGUAGUUAUGUUCCAUGCAGUUUUAUCAGAAAGUUCCUUGGCUGGAAACCAUGGAUUAAAUACAAGCCGUAGAGCAUCUCUCCUUUUCAAGAUAAGACCUGGUUUUAACAGCUGUUCAAAUUUUUCAGUUUCAGAUGCUUUCAGUGGUAUUACUGUUUUACUACUAGCUGCAAAGUUGAGUUGGGUUUCUCAACUUUCAUCUCCAACCUUUUCGUUUUACUAUACCAAGUAGGGUUUGUGAAAUAUCUCCACUCUUUCUGAGUUCACUUUCUAAUCUAUGUAUUGAUACAGCACCUUCAAGAUACUUAUGUUAUGCACUUGUUUGCUGGCGGGAUUUAUUAUGAAGUGGCUUAUGAUGGGGCUCUCCAAAUCUUGUAACCCAGAAAACAGCAGUACCCUCUAUCUACUUAACUAACAAUACCACUGACUUCAAUACCAACACCAUGAAUAAUCAACUCUAACAUUGUUAUUCAAGUAGGUAGAGCGCGCUGCUGUUUUAUGAGUUACAAGAUUUGCUUACCUUUGUAGAGGGCUGGUGACCCCCUUCUGCUCAAAGCCAGCAAAACAGUGUAGUGCAAGGAUCUUUGAUGAAUGAGCACAGUAUUUACAAUCUGCCAAGUAACACCAGGGGCUGGUUUCAUGAAGCAUACUUAACUAAGUAAGCAUGGCAACAUGUGUUGUAGAUACAUGAAACGCACAUAGCUAAAGGCUACUUAACACUAGGUACACUCCCUGGGUCUAAUUCCAGCAAAAUUAUGUUUGGGCAAGAAAUAAACCAAAAAAAAAGUGGAACGUCAGAAUUCCUUUGAUUGACAAUAUUUGGGAGAAAUUGUUUGAUGUCUUGCUCAAGCUUAAAUCUGAUAUCUGGGAAUACAUUUUAGGGGAAAUUUAAUGAAAUUAAAUCUGAUGUUUAGAUGAACCCUUGUUCCAAAAUUUCCCAAUUUGGUUUUGCCGAAAUGGGUCAUCUUUAAAUGGCACUGUAUCUACAAUAAUAUAUGCAAGAUCAACUGAAUUCAAUGUUCGGUGAAAUGAGUAAAGCUAUGCAGCCAGGUUGUCACUGUGAAGACCUGGGGUAAGUUGUUCAAAAGUGUAUUAAAGUUAAGCCAGGCUUAAGACUUAAUACCAGUCUCAUCCUAAUUUGACACUUUAGUCUGGACUAAAGUUAAUAGGGGCUUGAGUUUUAAUACAGUUCUGAACUCCUGUGCCCAGCAUUUUAAUUACUGGCAUUGUAUUAAAACUUGUAGUAAUGUUAAAGGAAAUGUGACAUGUUAAGAACCCCAGAUUAGGGUUCUUUUAGGAUGCCCAGAAUUUAGAAACGAAAUGGAAUAAACAAAAGUACCAUGGACUGAAAUAAUGGCAUUCUAGGAGCGAAAAGCGUCUAUAAGAUUUGUGUGGGGUUUCUUAGGGCUUUGGUAAUUUGCAUGUCUAAAAGAGCCAAAUUGGCUAUUACGAAGUCGUUGACCCAUGGGUUCAAACUUAAUGUUGCAACAUUUUCAGGUAGGACAGGUACACUCUUGCUGUUGUAUUAUGCGUUUUGACAUUGCAUCAGUUUCUUGAUAAUUUUCCAUGGGCAUUUUGUGAUUUCAGUAUUCAGCUUUAGUAUGAUUGAUUGGCACUGACCAAAUAGGGCUGUUCAUGGAGUAUCUGUUUAUUGAGAGUAUUUUGAAAUAGUUGGGGCCCUGAUGUUUGUGGAUGGGGUCGUAACUAUUGUGCGACUUUGAUUUGAUGGUAAACUACAGAAUCCAGUUCUACAAAGCAAAUUUGCGUAUGAAAAUGUCUACGGUUGAAAGUUUCUUCAAACGCUGUGUUGAACGGGCGUUGAACUACGCAGGUAACAAUCUAAUCAGGAAUAUGCACAUUUUACUGUUAAUAUUUUCGGGGGAAAAAAAGGAAUUAUUGCUGGUUGUUAUUUUUAAGCGCUGUAUGUUGUGAUGUUUGUCAGAAGUGGCUUUUUUUUCCGGUUGUAUAUCUGAGGAGAUUUUUACUUGGGUAAUUAUACUGAAGUGUUUAUAUUACGUUGUUAAUCAGUUAUAUGUUUAUACUGUGUUAUAUGAUCCCAACUGAUGUUUGGUGCACACUUGUAAAUACUGGAAAGCUAUGUAGAGUUGAUUUUUAGCUGUACAUGUUCCUGUGGGUGAUUGAUGUAGUUGACCCAAAUAUCUAGCCAGUUUUAGCAAAUGUUGUACUGUUUUGCCGUCAGUCUUUGAUGCUUUGAAGCAUAUUUAUAUUUUGAUUUCAGAGAUCACGGUUGGUUCCCUUGUAUUUCAGAAUUUUUAUGCGUGCCAAUUCGAAGAGGUAUGAGCUCUUCUGCAUUGAUAGGCCUCUCGGAAACUGUCCUAGAGACAGGUAUAUAUAAAUCAUUAGUGUGAGAAAUCAUAUCUUUCAGACAGUUCUUAUAAUUUUAAGGAAUUGUGUCCAUCCGGUUUUCGUUUGAAAGCCUUUAAACUGCUUUAAUGGUUAUUUCAUUUAUUACGGGAUUGGAAUAAAUGUUGUUGUAAACAUAAAAUACAAGCGAGUGCCUUUCUAAAGGGGUACCGGUAGUGCCCCUUCGAAGGGGUACCGGUAGUGCCCCUCUGAAGGGGUAGUGCUUCUUUGAAGGGGUUGUGCAUACAUGGACUACUAAUAACCCAAAAGGAGACAUUUUUGACAUCUCAUACCGGUACUGGUUUAGUUUUGUCAUUGCAUCAAGAUCUUGUAUUGGCUUAUACGGAAAAAGAUUUUUACAGGGAGUACAUCAGUAGUGUUUCAAUUAAAAAAAAAACAGGUAUAAAAAUGAGAACAUAAAACCUUAAAAUCCCAUAAAAAAGUAUAAAAUGUUAUAAAAAAAAAUAACAGCAGAUAGCAUCUGAUACCCAAAGCUAAAUAGAUAUAUCCAAAGAAAGGCUAUAAAUAUUCGUGAUACUAGUCUUUCUCCUCAUACAUAGCAAAAAUUUCCACUGCAAAACUUUACGCAGGCAAAUAGGAACGCUGCAAGGAUUAUGUUUUAAGACCGGAAGGGAGAAAAUUGUUUUACAAAUUAGUUCAAAACUGAACGGCAUUACGAGAACGCAGACCUCUGUCAAAGCUGAUUAAUGUUUUAAACAACUCGAUGAUUGUCAAAAGGUAAACAUAGCCUUUCUGUGUAUGGCGCUGUUGUAUCUGGCAGUGGUGAAACGUACAAAAUAAUCUGUUAAAUUUAUCAUAAAAUCUGUUGUCUGAGUGAUGCUUGAAUGUAUUCUGCUAUUGCAGCAGAUUGUUCUGUUAAAUAUAACACACAUAUGGCAGAAUGUAUGCUAGCCUCACUCAGACAACAGGCUUUCUGUUAAAAUUAACAGAUUAAUUUUUUGAGUGUAGUUAAAAAAAAUCAUGGAUCGCCGUGCAGAUCGGGAUCACCGCCAAAAUUUGAUGGAUUUUUCCCAAGCCCAAAGAAAACUCUGCUCCAAAUUUCAUCCAAAAUCCCUGCUUAACUUUCUCCGUAAAUUUACUGACACACAGACUUAAAGAGAUACAGAAUCGAUUCUGAUUGGCUGGUGUGAGAGAUAGGCAAAACCUGGCUGUGUCUAACCUCAGCUGAAUUAUAGGUAUGGCAGAUGUAUUCAAGCGUGACCAUGGUUGCAGGGUUUAACUCAGGGAAUCUUAUCUUCACUAUCAGACAGUCAGCGUCGAUUCUGUACCCUUUAAGCAUUAGAAGACAGAUGAACCCAAAAAGUGAAAAUGAAAUUUUCUGUGUGUGGAAGUAAAAAUGUGUUCAUGCAGGAAAGCAUCAGUAGAUCUGGACAGUGGUAGAGUACAAAGUAGACUUGACGUGGUGUUCACGCCUAUGUAAGUAAAUACGAGUCAAAAACUGCAAAGAAUGUUUAUAUAACCUUGAUAUUAAAUGUAUCUCCAGUCUCCAGGACUGUAGCUGUUCUUCACUCGACGUGGUCAAAAUUUGGUAUAUUUUGUGCUGGUAAGAUGUAUUUAUCCGCCAACUGUCCGAGUUAUAUGUAUGUGUGAAGCUAUGUCUACAGUGCUUUUUCUGCUCUAUAUAUUUAUAUGUUAGUAACAUGCGUAAUGUAUGCAAUAUACUUUGGGCAUGAUUUUGUGAUUUUCCCCAAUAACGCUUGGCAGUAGAGAUAUUUUUAAAAAAACGUUUAAACAUGCAGAAGAAUGUAUUUAACUAGUUAUUAAAUGUGAAAUAAUUUAUAUCCGUGCAAGUGAUUAAGCCACAAAGUUUGGGGUCUUAAGAUUAGAUGUUGAACUUCAUGCAAGCUGCAUGAAUUAUGUAAAUCUAGGUCAGUUUUAGCCAAUACUAGCCAAACCGUUGUUUUCCGGGUUCAGGUGCUCUAUUUUUCGUGCUAAUUGUCUGGAGACCAUACGCAGCCAAAACGUGUAUGUGUGUGUGUGUUAUAGGAUUUUUAAAUUGUUUAUUGUGCUGAUGGCAUUAUUGUUAAUUUUCCCCCUUAUUUCUCCUUAGACAAUAUCUAAACAUUUGUCAGCGUUUUUGGGCUGAUAGAUAACCUACGCAAAUUUCGGGCCAGUAUUUUCACAUGUUGGGAAACAUGUUAUUUCUAAUAUAUUUCUUAUGGGUUAGCACUUCAAAAUUUUUAAUCGAGUACAUUAUCACCCAUUUAUUACUAUACGAUGUAUAAGGGUGGUCAG